AUGCAACUCGCUCGAGAUCGGACGCGGGACCUCGUGUCGCGCUGCUUCGUGGACGUGUUGGGCCACCGGGUGUCGGCCAUCUACGCCCCUAACGUCGUCAACACGAUGCGGGCAAAGUGGAACUCUUCGAAGGAGUACGCACCGAUCACUACCGACGCCGCGCGGGUGUGGGGCGAAUACAUGUCGGGCGCGGCCAUGUUAAGCUCGUUUUUCAAGGGCGAGGAGCGCGUCGCGAUGAGAUUUCGCACAAAGAAGCUUGAUGGUUAUGUGGAGUCCAUGUGCGUGGGUGAAAUCCGCGGGUACAUCCAUCACGACGUCGACGCGAACGCUACAGACGCCUUUGAGGUGAACAAGGUGCUGUACGGGGCGGCGUCGCCGUACAAGACAGUGUUGGCAGCUUCGGGCAAUGCGACACAGGACUGGCAAAUGUUCUACGACAUGUCGGAGCAGACACCCACGCUCGUGAAGCUCGAAACGCAGUCGAAGAACGACGAUGCUGUAGUGUGCUGUGGAGUGACCAUCCAGGAAAUGCCAAACGCGGCUGUUUCGCUCUUCGACCGUCGAGACCUGUUCGAUGAAUCCACGAUGAUGGACCUUGUUCAGGCACAAGGGAUGCUCGCAUACUUGAACACGAUCUUCCCGGAAGUGACCUUAACCAAGGAGCACGUGAAGCGCGUCCCUGUCGAUUACUACUGCCGCUGUAGCAAGGAGAAAUUCGUCCAGAAGCUGUUCUCGGUGCCUCAGGCCGAACUAGCAGCGCUCUCCAGAGAAGGCGGGGUCCUCUUGUCGUGUAGCUAUUGCAACGCCAGUUACUUUGUCCCAGAGCUCGAGAUCGACCAAGUCAGACAGGAGAAGCAAUCGUAA